AUGGAUGAUGAGUCGAUCAAACGGUUGAAUCCAUUAGAGUGUGGGGUGUGUUCAAAGGAAUUCAACAACCCGGUGCACUUACCGUGUCUUCACGUCUUUUGCAACGGUUGCUUGCAAAGAAGCGAUAAGGAUGAGAGUGGAAAUGAGACCGAUACAGCAGCAUUAUGCUGUCCGGAAUGCUCGGCACCGCUAGGUGAAGCUCCACCCACUGAUUUGUUAGCAAAAUACCUUGUCGACACAGCGCACGAACCGGCCGAGAUAUGUGCGAACUGUGAUCAGAUCGCUCAACCGAUGUUCUUUUGCGAGACGUGUCAACAAGCGCUUUGUGUGGAUUGUCGCCAGAACACUCAUCAGGCUAAAAUGUUCUCCACCCAUCGCUUGAUUUCGUUGGAAGAACGCGCAAGGGUGAAAGGUCGAGUAAGCUGUGCCCAACAUGGAGAACCGUACAUUUUGUUCUGUGUCGAUGAGAAGCGGCUCGUUUGCAUACAAUGCUUCAAUGGGAGACCGCUGGAGUCAAGGCACAGUUUCGUUUCAAUCGACACGGCUCAUUCGGCAAAUGUCGAAAAGUUGGAGAAAUGGGCGAACAAGUUGAGACUUUAUCAGGUCGAAAAGAAAGAGGAGGUCGACGUGCGAAAGAGAAUGCUGACCGAGAUUGACGAACGAUCGCAUAAAGAUCAUUUAGCAAUCACUCAACUUUGCCAAGACAUCAUUGAUACGGUGACUUUUGUGCGUGAUCGAACCGUUGACGAGAUGGGAUUGACGAGGAAAGAUUUGGAGACCGAAUGCGGCGCACAGAUGGCCGAAUUGAGCAAUGUGAUGGCACCGAUCCGUCUCUACCUGCUCAGCGCUCAAAUCCUUUGCUCGUCGGCGUCGAAAAUCGAUUUUCUCCAAUUUUAUGCGGAUCUAGUAAAGCGGAUACAGUCGGUUUUGAGUCGAUCGAUCGGCCGACCGCCGCUCAUUCAAUGGAAAGAUCUCGACACGGCGAGAGCUGAUCUGUCGAAGGCUUUGGAACCGCACAUUGGAAUGUCGGCUGCAUGGCUACCGAGUAGAGAGACUCGAGAGGGAUCGGGAAGUGCCAGCUAUAAAGGAAAUAAUCGAUCCGCACCGUCUCAUGGCUUUCAGGGAGUGCUCACGAAAUAUCAGAUCAUGGUCGACUUGGCUGGCGCUUUUGGGGAACGCUUUGCGCGAAUCGAUCUACCGAUGAAGGACAUGGCAAAUGACUUGAGUGAUGUCUCUCGACAAGUUCAAGAGGCUCAACGGGAUUUGACUCGACGAAAAGUGCUGCUGAAGACAGAGUUCAUCGAUAAGCUCAUUGAGAAUUGUGCCAACGUUGAUUCCCGUUUGGGGAUGCACUCGGCGCUGAUCGCCGAACUUCAACCAGAUCUGCAAGAGCUUUGGCAAGAGGCACUCGAUCGAGUACGACGACAACAGAUCAUGUACAGGGAAAAGGUUGAGUUCUGCAUGCGUUUACGGGAAACUGCUCGUCAAUUGUUGACCGGCGUUCGUCAGUUGGCGCCAUUUGCGAAAUGUUUAGAGAGCAUGUCAGCUACCAUUGAUCCAAAACGAUGCCAUCCACCUGAUCCAGCUCCGAUGGAAAGCAUUUGCCUUCAAAUCUCAACCAUCGAGCCGGACAGUGAGCGACGAAUUCAAGCCAUUGAAGAAGAAGAGAACAAUCGUCGUUUAAAUCAAGAAGCGAAACGAAGGGAAGAAGUCGAGCAGAGGAGCGCUGUCGGCAAAUUACACAAGGCAAAGGGUAAUAAGAAAAAGAGUGGCUCUCGUUUGGUGGUGAAUACGAAUCGCGAGCGAAGUCCGGGUGGAACCGAUGUGACACUUAUGAGUCCGUGUCUUCGUGAGAGAAGCCCUCCUCCCCCAAUCGAAGAGCGUUUAGAGCCGAUCUCUGAUCAAGAGCUUGAAGCUGAUGAGGAUUUGCCCUCAACAAGCGUCCUUUCAAUGUCCCCAACGCAUUUCGAGACAUCCGACACUCACGAGACCGGGGAAAUUGAUCAAUCCACACGUUCUCCAUCGCCCACCACCAUCAAGACGAUUAAUCAAUUUCUGCUUGGUUAUACGAGUCCAAACACGAAACUCGAAGCCAUAUCUCCAACGCUCACCGAAUCCGAGCUCUCCCUGGCCAGCAACGAUUUAGAAGACCUCUCCGAUCGCCCAAAACUCUCGGAUGGCUUGGCGAUGAAAGGGAAAUCGAAGCGAAAGGAUAUUGGAAAAGAAAUGCCAAUCCCGUCGGCGGUGUCGGCCCGGAGUGAGAGCCUCGCCGCGCGCAUUACGAUCGAUGUGGGCAACUCGAGAGACACUGUACUUCGCUCACUACAAGACGUCUUCUCAGAAAGGGAUCAGGAGGACGCGGUCGUCGUUGAACAGCCAAAUGUUUUGGCGAGUGCAGUGAAAAGUGCUGAGAGACGAUUUCGAGAAAAGGAAACGCAAAGACAAACGAGUCCCAAACCGAUGAAUCGCCGGAAAACCGUCUCAAUCGGUGAAACACCAGCCGUGAAAGUGAAAGACGACGAGCCAUUCAUGCCACGCCCAAACUCGACACCAAUGCCCCUUCCUCCACCGAUGCCACCAACCGGUUUCCCGUCAAGCUCACCACAAGAAAUAUCGAGUCUCAAACCAUUUGAAGCUAGGGAAAAAAUGCUUGAAAGUUUACGAGAACGAAUACCACGAAUUGAUGCCACUCCUGAACCCGAAAUCAAC